CAUUUCAUAGCACAACUUUGACAUUUGUCAGUGGACAGAUUUUUGUAGCAGCGCUGUUAACAGUUGCCGAAAAGCCAAACAAAAACAUGUCAGCUCUUUUGCGUUUCGUGAAUCGUGCUGCUUUGCACCGUACACUGGCCGUGCGAGGUAUCAAAACAUCACCCAAAAAAGAUGAAACAGCUGCCAUCGCUACCCCUGUAACCAAAGAAGAUUUUGCAAACCCCAAUCCCAAGAAUUGGGUAAGCUACGGCUUCGACCACAAAGAUGAGACCAAUGAUCGCAACUCGACAAAGGCUUCAUUCUUCUUCGCCGUAACUCUGUGUUUGGUGUGGGGUACAUUCUUCUGGGCCUAUUUGCCCGAUACGCAAAUGCGCGAUUGGGCCCAACGUGAAGCAUUUUUGGAGCUGAGACGCCGUGAAAAGGCCGGCCUAGAUUUGGUCAGCCCCAAUUACGUUGACCCCUCCACAAUUGUACUGCCCUCCGAUGAAGAGUUGGGUGAUACCGAAAUCAUCAUCUAAAUCAUCAUUAUCUGUGCUUUUUCUUUUUAAAGAAUUAAAACUACUCUUAAGUGUAAUUGCUAAAAACGUUAUGUAAUGAAUAAAUAGAAAAUUCGAAGAACCCACUGAAGGGGAAAACUGUUGAUAUAACGGAAAUAAACUGUCGGAAAA